GGGACCAGCACGAGCCAGCAUCCCUCACACGGCACUCGCCAGCUAGAUUGACGCAGACUCUCCUGAAGCCCCUCGCCAUGUCUCAGACCGCCAAGUCCGCCUCCAGCCAGGGCACCGACGCCAAGGACAAGGGAGCCCCGGCCCCCGCCGCCUCCAGCAAGGCCACCAAGACCGGCGAGCCCGGCAUGGGAUCCUUCAGAAUCAUGCUGUUCGACCAGGAGAACUUCCAGGGCCGCAUGAUCGAGGUCCAGAACGAGUGUAUGAACGUGUGUGACCGCGGCAUGGACAGAGUGCGCAGUAUCAUCGUGGAGUGCGGCCCCUUUGUUGCCUUCGAGCAGACUAACUUCCGUGGGGAGAUGUUCAUCCUGGAGAAGGGAGAGUAUCCUCGCUGGGACACCUGGAGCAACUCCUACCGCAGUGACUGCCUCAUGUCCCUCAGGCCCAUCCGCAUGGACAGCCUGGAGCACAAGAUCUGCCUGUACGAGCUCUCCGACUUCAAGGGCAACAAGAUGGAGAUCCAGGAGGACGACGUGCCCACCCUGUGGGCGCACGGCUUCUGCGACAGAGUGGGCAGCGUGAGGGUGCCCGGCGGAGCCUGGGUGGGCUACCAGUACCCCGGAUACAGAGGCUACCAGUACCUGUUCGAGUGCGGCGACUACAGACACUACAACGACUUCUGCGCCUUCCAGCCCCAGAUCCAGUCCAUGCGCCGCAUCCGGGACAUGCAGUUCCACCAGAGAGGAUGCUUCACCUUCACCUCCGCCAGCAAGUGAACGGCCUCCCCCGCCCGCGGCCCUCUCGAGCCUUUUAUCUCUCCAGACGACCCCCGACCCCUACCCUGACCCUGACCCUGACCCUGACCCCACCCCGACCCCACCACAACCUUCUCUCCGAUCUCCAGUCUUUUCCUGAAGCUCCACCGACACCAACCACCGCCUUCACCGCUCCAUCCCGAAGGAAAGACAGACUGAGAGCAGACACACGGGACAACAUUAAGUGACUUUUUA